UGAUAACAAGUGACCGAGGCUAACAAGUGCACACAUCACAUGUUUGUUCGCGAACUGUUGUCUGGUUUGAACGUGCACUGUAUCGUGUGUGAAAAUGAGCUCACAAAAUCUCGACGAAUUGACUAAUCUCUUCAGCGAACUACGCAAAAAAGCCCGCAAAGAAGGAGAGGAUGAUGAAAUUAUUCGCAAGGAAUUGUUAAACAGUGUAAAAUCUAGUCGGGCGAGAAAUUCCAAAGGUCUACUAGUAAAGUUUGUUGUGUUUUUUAUCGUGCCUCUAAUCCUUGGUGUGGGCAGCUAUUAUGGAGCUAAAGAAUACAUCAAACGAUGGAAAGAUGAAGGCCCUUGCCUGGUCGAGGUGAAUGAGCUAUUUGGCGAAAUGACACGUAAACCGAGCGACUGUGCAAUGAUGUGUGAAGGACUCGAAGCUGUGCCGAAAGUAUCGGGUUUGACAAGGGAAGAAUUCAUAGAGAAGUACGCAUACAAAGGGAGGCCUGUUGUGGUUACCGAUGCCGCCCAAAAUUGGUCUGCCCUGGACACUUUUAACUUUACUUUUUUGAAGAAGCUCUACGACAGCAGUAAAAAUUCUUACAAAAUCACUGAAGAAGAGUGUCAAUUUUUCCCCUACAAAACCGAGUUCUUGACGCUAAAGGAUGCCUUCCACAUGCCGAAAGAGCGGGCAGAAUUCAAGGGAAAGCCUUGGUAUAUUGGCUGGAGUAACUGUGACCCUGUGGUCCGUGAGAAGUUAAGACAGCAUUACCAACGUCCAUACUUCCUACCGGCAGAGUCAGAGACAAGUCAACAAGAUUGGCUCUUCAUGGGGGGCCCAGGACUCGGAGCACAGAUCCAUAUUGAUAGUGUUGAGCGUCCUUCAUGGCAAGCACAGCUUUCUGGCACCAAGGUCUGGACACUUAUCCCCCCGCCCGAAUGCGAGCAUGUCUGUCACUCCAUGAAAGUUCCAAUCAACAAAGGAGAAGUCAUUGUUAUUGACACAAACCAGUGGUUCCACAAGACGGAGGUCAUGCCAGGAAACAUCAGUAUCACAAUUGGUGCAGAAUUUGACUGAUGUUCUUUAAAUCGAAAUUAUAAUCAAGCCUUUCCCAUAAAAGCUUGUGAUUUGGAUAUUUUUGUAAAUUUUCCACAAAUAAAAGUAAAAGUAGUGUGAUGGUAUGGCAUGUAAGUGUGGCUAAAAUUGAUAUUUUUAACAAAAUGCCAUAUUACCAUCAAAAGAUAGAAAUUAUAUUCUUUUUUGUAAAUUAUUGCAAUAUUUAUUGCCAUAGAACUAAGUUGUGUAAACAAUAAAAUCUUGUAUAAACAAGA